UUUCCCUUUGCAUGGCCCAAAACUUGCCUCUCUUUUCUUUCUUCUUUACAACAAGCUUUAACAAGAUCUCCAUCUUUUCCCCUGUUUUGCAACUAAAAAUGAUGGAUCCAAGUGAAAAGGGAUCAGAUUCCGAAGAUCAAAAAGGGUUUUCACUCAUCAAUGAAACCAAGAGAACUUGUGCCGAUUGUGGUACCUCUAAAACCCCACUCUGGAGAGGCGGUCCGGCCGGCCCCAAGUCUCUUUGUAAUGCAUGUGGGAUCAGAAGCAGGAAAAAGAGAAGAGCAAUGCUGGGAUUAAACAAAGGACAAGAAAUGAAGAAAUCAAAGAAGCCAAACCGCAACAGCAGAAGUAACAGUAGAAAUUUAAGAGAUAAUUUGAGGCAGAGGUUAUUAUCUUUGGGAAGACAAGUUUUGAUGCAAAGAUCAACGGUUGAGAAUCAAAGAACUAAGCUUGGAGAAGAAGAACAAGCUGCUGUGCUACUAAUGGCACUCUCAUAUGGCUCUGUUAUGCAUAAAUUUCUUUGUUUUUGUUAUAUAUUUAGAGCAAGAAUGACAGGGUCUUUAAUGGGUAUCUAACCUCUUCAUUUGUAAUCUUUUAGUGCUUUAAUCUGUAGUUUGUUGUUUUAGGAUUAACUGACAGACGAGAAGAAUCUCAGCAGAGAAAGUUUUAGAUGAAAUUUUCCAACGCGCCAAACAGCAAAAAGUAUGACCUUUUGGUUGGAUUCAAAUAUGUUUCUAUUGUGAUGUUGUCAAAUCAAAAUGGUGUACGGUCAGUGAGGGGAUAAUAAAUA